CCGGCCCCGGCCAUGGCGGACGAGGAGGAGGAGGGCGACGUGGAGUGGGUGGUGGACACCAUCGCCGGGUUCCUGCGCGGGCCCGCCUGGUCCGUCCCCAUCCUGGAGUUCAUGGAGCAGAAGUGCGAGGUUUUUGAUGAUGAAGAAGAAAGCAAGUUGUCUUACACAGAAAUCUACCAGGAGUACCAAGCUUUGGUUGAGAGAUUAUUAGAAGAUUGUCUUAAAGAAGUUGGAAUUAACGAAGAGAAGUUCCAAGAAGCUUUCUCGUCUCCUCUUGCAAAGACACACACUUCCCAGGCCAUUCUGCAGACAGUGCUGGCAGCUGAAGAUUUUAGGCUGUUUAAAAAAAUGAUGGUGCAGAAAAAUGUUGAAAUGCAACUGCAGGCCAUUAGAAUCAUUAAAGAAAGAAAUGGUGUGCUGCCUGACUGCCUGACAGAGGGUUCUGAUGUGUUCAGUGAAAUUGAACAAGAAGAAAUGAAAAUACUGAGGGAGGUUCUAAGAAAAUCUAAGGAAGAAUAUGAACUAGAGCAAGAAAGGAAGAGGAGUGAAGGAGCACAUGCUAAACUUAAAUCACCAGAUGUUACCUCCAGCUUUCCAGGAGAUUCAAGAGAAGCUGUAAAAGUGAAGGAGUCCACUGAGAGAGCUGAUGGUUCUGAAGAAACUCCAAAACUCUCCUUAGAAGAACGUCGGGAAUGUGUGAGGGGAGGCCUGAAGGCAGCUGAGGCCUCAGCCCCAGGCCCUGCAGCCUCACCUCAGCUGCCCUCCCCCAGAGGCAAGGACGCCGCCGCCAAGCCGAGGCCGGCUGGGAAACGCGCUGACAGCACCGGGAGCAAAGCACCUAAUCUACCAGAACUUGAAGAGCUGAAGCAGAGAGAGGAUUACCUAAAGAAGAAACGAGACCUGCUGAUGGCUGCCAAGAGAGACUCAAAAAACAACGUCCUGGUACCAACAACCACUGAGCAGAAAGAAGAGGAACCAUCUCCUAAAGAGGAGAUGUCAGAAGAGAAGCAGAGGUUGCUGCAGAAGAGGAAGAUGCUUGCAGAGAAGCUGAAAGAAGAGGUUAUUAACAGGCGGUAACGUCGAGCGGCUCAGCACGGAGCCCAAGGACACCCCCCUGGCUUCAAUCAGCCAUCCACUGGAUUUGCUUUCCAACAUUACACUUAGUGUUAUAGACCUUUCAGGCAGGCAGCUCCCUACUUUGUGAAUAAAUACGUAAAAUGACACAGAAAAGCAGUAAAACUCACUUCUCCAGCGUGCUGGGUGCUGAGCAGUGAGGCCGUGGCCCGGCCCUGCAGCAGCUGCUCUGUGCCAGGCAACACAGCCAUUCCUACAGCAGUGCUUCUCAACAGUCACUUCAGUAAGGUUAUAGACCUCUUCCUUCCAUUAGGCUGCUCUAAACAACUCACUUUUCCAGCUGGGCGAGGGACUCAAGUCUGAUUUCACCAGCAAGGGCAUCUCUGUCCAUGUUGCUUUGGGGCAGCAGAUGCUGCAGCUUGAAGUAGAGACACCAGCUCUGGGUGACUGUUGUACAUCCAGCCCUUAGGUCUCAUUCUGCUGUAAAUGCAAUUUAGAAGUGAGAAGAGAUGCCUGAGUUGGAAAGCAGGAGGCAAGGCUGGCAGGAGCACAGCAGAAAUCCUUACAGCAGCGUGGUUUGGCUUUGCUGGACCGAUGAAGGUGGGAGCUGGGCUCUCGCUCCUGCCCUGCUAACACAGAGCCGACUGCUCCAGCAACUGCUGUGGCAGGGAACCAGCCAAACCCCUUCAGUUUGAUGUAACUUUUUAUUAAAAUAGCAUUUCUG